AUGUCGUGUCCCUUCUUUUUCGUCUCUCGCAGACCUAAAAGUGGCACAUCGCAAGUUCAGUUACAGACUGAUUUAUAUGACUGCUUAAAGAAUAUUUCGGACCAAAUAAAGAAAGAUGGCGUUUACGUGCCCGAGGUUUUACGGCCUCUUGUCCGAUGCGUUAUCGUCGAAACUGCUGUUGGGCCCUCCCACAUAGCAUUUCGACUUCAAGAUGGGCGGGUUUGUCGUUUGUCGUACUCGCUCCGUGCGGACAAAUUAGUGUGUGUCAACGAAAGAAAUCGGGGGAGCAACGCUGGCUCAGUCCGGGUUCCCAAUGCGCCUGUAGCUCUACGAACACUACGUGCACCAAUGAGUGUUCUGGGAAGGGGUAGCAGAUCUAUGAGUCUGUUUAGAGAAAUGCAACGUCAGGGUCUCUAUCUGCGACCUCUAAGUUCUCAAAUAUCCCCAGCCGACGUUCCCGAAAAUCUCAUCGAACAAUGUCAAAUGGUUUUGCAGGGCAAAUCAAGACAGUUGAUCAUACGAGAGCUACAACGCACUAACUUAGAUGUCAAUAUGGCUGUCAACAACAUGCUAUCGCGUGAGGACGAGGCAGAUUUUAACGGCGCUUCUGGAGCUGUUAACAUUGGUGAUGAGUGGGAAGAUGAUGCAGAGGAUAUUUUUUCCCUACUCGACCAUCCUGAGGGUUUGCUCUUGGAAGGGGAAGGCGGUUUCCAGGAGGACAUUAUUGAUCGAUCCUCAUCCCCGCGAUUUAGAAGAGAAAUUCUUAUGGAUUGUGGUAACGUGCAAGUUAUGCCUCUUAAUUAUCCUUCACUAGAUCGAACCCUUGGUGAUCAUGCCACCUACACUGAUCGCCGAAAACGUAGGAGAUUCGAUACACCAGGACUCCUGCGGAAUUCGGAGACUUACGGGGGUCGCACGGCAGAGUCUCGUCUAUUUUUACGCAAUAUGGGACUUCCAGACGAAAAGGUUCUUCAUCAGGAGGAAGAAAGUGGUUGUGAAACGGUAUCAGGGUCCACAAAAUGCGUUGAGAGCAACGUGCAGCUGGGUGAUCACCUCGAGUUUUGGCCCACAAACUCGGCUGAAUCAGUGGGCUCGCAUUUUGUUAGUAUUGCUGCUCUCUACACCGAACUCGUCGCAAUUAACAGUCGUGGUGAACUCCACCAAUGGAAAUGGCAAAGUCCCGAACCCUUUAGCCCACAUGGUAUCAAUUCACCUCCAUUCAAUCUGAUAGAACAGCCAGAAACUGAUGCAUCACCAGUUAAUCAUCGCCAUCCCCGCUCCACUAGUCUGGGCAUCACCCAUGAAAAGGUGGUUUCCCUCUCGGGAUGCGUCACCCGUGCGUCGAUUAUGACAGCCUCUGGAGCUAUCGCCACGUGGAUGGAUGAGAUGCUACCCAGUCUCUUUCACUCUGCUGCUCCUGCAUCUUCAGCUGCUGCCACCGGGGCAACUGCUGCUCUCAUGCGUCUCGAGCAUCCCGCGAUACAUUUCAAUGAGCUGAAGGCGGAGGUUGUUAUUCGUAUCUCAACUGCACCGCUUAUCACUGUGGUCCAGUGCGCUUCCGGCGCAGUUUUUUGGUGGGGUGUUCUGCCCUCCUACAUUAGACAACGCAACGUGGAAAAACAGAGACACCCUGGUUCUGCAUCAGCUGCUCCUACCACAACUACUUCAACAACAUCCGCUUCUGCUAGUCGCCAUCGAAGCACUAGUGGCAGCUCCGAAGCGGGCUCAAAAACGCCAGCUGCUGCCACCACUGUUAACACUUGCGCCCCACCUCUCAGUCCAGGCGAUUUGGUGUGUAUGAGGAACGCGCCGAUGUUCCACGCCGGUGCAAUUGGUUUCACAUUGAUCAACGGCGUACCAAAGGUGGGCGUAUUGUUGGAGGAUGCGUGGAAGCUGACGGACGUGUGUCGUUUCCGUGUGAAGUCGCCCUCAGCGCUGAGGAGUCAGACUGGCGUUGUAGUCAUGGUGACGGGUGGUAGCACAGUUGCGGGGAAAAGCAGUUCGACGGAAGCGGUUCACGCUCUUACUUGUCCCUACGUUCAAGCCGCUGCUGCUGCUGCCGCGGCUGCUGCGCAAACUGACCACGAACCUCCACCGACCGACUCGGGUGCAAUGGAGAUGCCCCCACCUCCUUCACCCGCCUCAUCUACGUGCUCAGAUCACUCGGGUCCCGUGAAAGUCAGCCCGAGAGCUUUCAAGCGCAAAAAAGCUCCAAGCACCUCAAGUGACGGUAGCGGGAACGGUGGCGGGGCAAGUGGAAGCAGUACUCGUCGUGGAUCCGAUCAGUUGGAUCAACAACAGCAGCAGUUAACGAAACAAACUACCAAGCCAACCACAUUGAAGCCGCAGCACGACGAAGAGAUUGAAGAUUGGUGUUUGAGCGAAGUGAUCUUCGUGGAGGAUGGUCGGACUCAACCGGUGGGUGUGCUGCUGAAAAUCGACGGGACCAUCGCCGCGGUGAAGUUCCUCAAGGAGCAGGAUCGCGCCUGUCUGGCCGCUCGCUGUCCUUCUGCUCCCGUCUGUCUCUUCAUCAAUCAUAUCACAAAAACCGCUCAUACUCUUCAGAAAUCAUUCGUUGCUCCUCCCACUACCUCUUCCCCUUCGCUUGUUGCUCCACAUGAUCCUAUGGCCUGGCUAAACGAUUGCCGUUUGUUGAAAAAGGACGACUUGAUGCAAGUGAAGCAGUCUGUAGGUGGGGGACUCUCCCAGCGCGUGCCAGACUUCGUUCAGGCGACACCGCGUCACAUCUCGAUGAACUUUCUUACCACUAAGUCAAAUUCCAUGCCCUCCAACAUCUCUAAAAAGCGAAUUUUUGCCCUAGCGCCGGAGAAUUCGCGUCUCCAUGCUAUUGUCGGUCGAGUGGAAACAGAAAUUGCGAUCGGGAGUGGUGAGGAUCAACGAAUGCGACAUUUAGAAUACCAUGUCUUCACACUGAAUGGAAAGACCGUGUCGUCUCGACGAUUGCCAGCUCUUUCCAAAUCCACGGGUGCUCCGGAUAACGCUAUCGAUACAGACGGAGCGAAGAGCUCCCUCUACUCUGACAUUAUGCUCACGUGUCCUGCUGAGGAGGAAACAUUCUUUUUGAAUCUAGCGCAAUUUCGGCACCAAAGGGAAUUGAGACGUAUACGCGCUUUAACCCACCGAUUAAUAAGGGUAGUGUUCCCUUUUCUACCACCCUCACGUCCUGGUCAGGAGUCCUGGGUGUUUCCUCCAUGGCUAGACCUGCCUGCGGUACAGUGCGCCGCCCUUUCCUGGAUUAGCGCCUCCCCGCCACGCACCACACCUGCCACCACUCUCACUCCUGCUUCCCAACGCGACACUGAGACGACCACCACGUCUUCUACAUCUAGGGCAAGCGGUGAAAACAGCAAGAAAUUGACCUUAGCUUCUGCUGCUGCUAGAGAUCUUCAGGGCGACCCACGCCUCCUACUGGGUGUGGUGGUUGUCAGAGAGACUAGUCUUUUGCAGCACAUCCUGCGUGCUGAUGAGGCAAAGGUGGAGGAAGCGCUUCGACUGUUGAGCACGGCACCACCUAGUCGAGUGGAGUUAGUGGCAAGCGAGAUGGCUGACGGUCAUCGAACUAUCCUUCAUGUGGCCGUAUUAAUGUGUGCUCCGAUGGCUCGUGAGACACCCGAGAUGGCCGAGCACUUAGAAAACAUCCUCAAGCGCACGGGCAGUGGCAGCAGCGGUUCCACAUCUGCCCCACCACCGCAGCCCCCACCCCCACCCUCCGACGGCAGUGGGUGGACCACCAUUUCGCCCUCCCCGCCUCCGCCACCCCCUCCGCCCCUUCCAAGAAGCGCUUCUAGCAACCAGCGCUUGUCAAACGCUGGGGCGGCGUCAAGCGCCGCCACCGCCUCCUCCUCCACCUCUUCGGUCCACGACCUCUUCAUUCGCUCGCCUCUGGAGGCGGCGGCAGCAAGUGUUGUGGAAGCAGCGGCUGCGGUAUCAGUGGCCGUAGCCUCCUCCUCAUCCACGUCAUCUGGUGGCCACUUCUGUCACAUGGCCCCUCUGCCGGCGACAGAGGAGGCGUCGCGUCGAGUCGCCUCGCAUCGAAUCCUUCGCGCUCUCAUCCUCCAUCCCCGACUGCGCACCCUUCUGCCGCAUCUCCUUUCAUGCCUUUCAGACGACGGACUGACGCCAUUCAUGCUGGCUAUCCAAUGCAAGGCUUACCAAGUGGCUGUGUUUCUGCUAGACUUUCUUGCUGAAUUAGAGGGCAUUCGUUCGGACGGUAGCGAGGAGUCCGCACAUCAAUUCCGCUACUCCCGUCUCAUGCGCUAUCUCUUCCCACCCUCUGCACGUCUUGACGACUCACCUCUCUUCACCCUCUGCUACAACGACACCUGCAGUUUCACCUGGACCGGGCCUAACCAUAUCCGUCAGGACAUUUUCGAGUGCCGCACCUGUGGUCUCAUGGAUUCUCUUUGCUGUUGUUCAGAGUGCGCACGUGUCUGCCACAAGGGGCACGACUGUCGCCUUAAGCGCACCUCUCCCACAGCCUACUGUGAUUGCUGGGAGAAGUGUCGCUGUCGCAGCCUCGUACUCGGUCACCAGGCCUCUCGACUCUUCCUCUUCCAACGCCUUCUACUUCACACUGACCUCGUGUACUUGCCCAACCGGGCAAAUGAACACCUUCUGGUCUACCUCACUCGUUGUGUUGAGCGUCAGACACGAGAACAAAAGCAAUACAAAUCGGCACGAAGACGUGGGGGCAGUGGUAGUGGUGGCGGCAACGGAGGUGGCGGAAGUGGAGGUGGUGGCGGAGAACGUGGAACUCUCGCUGGUGCUCGUGCAAGCGGCUCCACUUUGGACGAACCGGAGCACGAUCUUGAACCACCGACCUUCUCAAGAGAUGCUCUUGAGCUGGUGCUUGAUUCGAAAGCAGCGGCUGCCAGUCUGCUAUGUGAUUGUAAAAAUGUCGUCGCGACGGAGUCCUUUGCCAAGUUUGGGGACAGAAAAGGCAAAUCUGGAGCUUGUCAAUCCGUGAUGGCAAUCCAAUCGGGUACCUCUCAGCUUGACGAUUUCGUCUUUACCCUCCUCUGCAAGUGUCCGGCGGAGUUUGUGCAGCGCUUCAUCAACACUCUGGCGCGUAGUCUUUCCGAUCACCUCUCCGGUGAUCGCGGUGUCCACCGUCUCCUCACCCUCUCCCUUCCCUCUGUCACCGGCUCUAGCGCCGAAAGUACCGAUGCCUACUUCUAUUGCCAGCGCGGCAUCGCACGAUUUGUGCGCUCUGUGGCCCGUGUCUACACUGGUCUUAUGCUCGAACUCAGCCCCGAUCACCACAGAAAGAAACCGCGAUUGGUGACACAAGCACAGCCGCUUGAACUGGCACGUUUUGUCUUCUUUCAACUGGCACCUGUCGCACUCCCCGAGCUCGCUUUCCUCGCGGUAAAGGUCAUUGCACCAGUGCGCAUCGGUGCGCUCCGCUCUACCGCAACCUUCAAUCUCACCUCCCAGCAGGGUGAAGCCAUUCAUGGUUUCGACCAAGUUCUGGCUGCGGAGAGAUCCUUGUUCUCUCGAUCGCGCCAGUCGCAAUCUUCUACAUGCGCAUCUUCCGUCAAUGGUUUUUUUGGUCUGGGAAAUGCUCUUGACUGCCCCAAUUCCACGAUUCGUAGUUUGCUCUACGGUUGUGGUUCAACAGGCUCUGCUGCCUCCACACUGCUGCCCACUUGGAAGGUCAGUGAGCGUCGGCAUCCGCCGGCUUCACCACCCAAGACUGAACAGCAACAGCGGAAGCCACUGCAAUCAUCUGAACGUGGCAAGUCGUGUGUCAGUACCGAUAUCAUUCCAUACAGUGUGGAAGAACCUAUGGACAUUGAUAGCACCAGUCAAGAGCCAGCUCCGGGUUCAUCAAACCAUAUGAAACGCCACCGCCACCGCAGCCAGAGCAGCGGGGGCGGCGGGGAUCAUCAAAGUCCCCCUUCAAAGCACCGUCGUCGGCAUCGCCAUCAUGGCAGACGCCAUCGUAAUCACGACACCAUUGAUCCGGCAUCACAACCGCCACAGCCACCCGUCAUUGUGGUUGAGUCCUCCGUAGCGACCACGAAUUCCACCACUUCCACGAAUCCCUUCGCAGAGAUGGAACUUCUCCCAGCUGCCAGUGGUGACUCGGAUACGGAUGCGGAUAUUCGAAGCAAUGAGUUGGACAGCAAUGCUACCACUGCUGCCGCUGCUUCCACCCACACCGUGGAGGAGGGAGAAGAAGAUUUUAGUGAUACGGCAUCAGAAGAGGACGAGGACGUAGCAGCAGACUCUGAAGUGGAAACGCAUUCCAUCACAAGCAGUACCGGUGGUGGUGGUGGUGGUGGUGGCGGAGAUGGAGGUGGUGUUGAGAGAUCUCUACUACUUCAUCAGAAUCCACAGAUUGAGGCUUCGGGAUCGCAACACAGUUCUAUAAGCAGUACGGCAGCCACUGCGGGUACCACAGGAAGUGUGAUUAUGGACAUGGACGCUUCUGUUGCUGGCGGUAGCCUAGGCACUGUCUCAGGAGCCGUGGGGUCAGCAUCUUCCCAGCAGGAAUUUAUCGCUUCCUAUCCACCUGAGCGAGAUCAACAGCCACCACCGGGAGGCAACAACACAAUGGAUGAUGAUACUGUAGUUGUUACUAUGUUCUGUGGCAGUGAUGAGGAAGAGGAGGAAGAAGAAGGUGAUGAAAACGAAUUAGAUGAAACCCUUCCAAUAUCGGAGAUGGGUCUGGAGGAGGAUUUGGAUCAUGGCACCCGUCGGCGUAAUCAGCGUGAUGAUGUUAGUGAAGUAGAGGAUGACGACGAAGAUGAUGAGGAUGAAGAAAUUGAGGAUGAUGAAGAGGUCGGUGUUGAGGAGGAAGAGGAGGAAGAAGAUGAUUCUGAAGAUGAUGGGGGUGAGUCAGAGGACGAUGAAGAUGACGAUGUUGGGGAGGAAGAAGAGGAAGAAGACGACGAUGAAACUGAAGAAGAGGAAGAAGUUGCACACGAACACGGCGCAGAAGGGGAGGAAGAAGAGGAGGAAGAGGACGCUUACUCCCAAGAAAGCGAGCCAAGUCCACCUCCGUCUUCCCCAUUUUCACCAUGGUCGCGUCAUCCAAGUGGUUCGUCGAAUGCUCCAGCUCCCACGACUUCUGCGGAGGAUGCUGCGCCGACUACCUCGACGUCCACCACUGCGACUACUGCAGCUUCCCGAAAUUUCCCCACCUCUUCAUCCACUCUGGCGCGUCUUUACUCUGCAGCCCUCUCUUCAGCCUUUGACCAACGUACUGGACACAACACUUCACUCGCUUCACGCAAUGCUCUGGCUAGGUUGAACCUUCUUACCGCUCCCCUAUCACCACCUAGAACAAACUCCAACAACGCGAACACUGGUUCACCCACCGUCACCACAAACGUCCUCAGCGGAGUUACUCCGACUGUUAGCAGUGCACCCAUCGUCAGCAUUACCGAACCCGCCUCUAAUAAUGACACCUCUGAAGCGAAGAAACAUGGGAUCCAUGUAACGCAAGUUCAACUAAGUCGUGCUUUUGCCUGCCUCCUUCGACUUCUCGCUGACGUAAUGGCAGAUCUCGUCAACCGCGGUAACGAAGGCGUGGACACAGAAGAAGGAAUCGGGGAAACCGAGGGGUCAGCUACCACCGGGUCUCACACGGGCAACAGCGAUAUGCGACGAUGUGUCUCCGCACCCGUGUUCGUGCACUCCUCACUCGAUUUGCCGCUACUGCGUAAACUGCGUGUCCUCUCGCGCAAGGGCAAUGGCUACUGCCUCGCACCGCUGCGCUCUCUUGUGGCCGCACGGCCUACUGACAGUAUGGAUCAAGCUCUCAUCUGCACUGCAGUGGGUUUCGUGUUGGCGCCGGUGUGGGCUUGGCUCACUGAGGCUCUUGAUGGUUUAGAGUCGCGUCUUCGUGCUAGAGCUGCGUGGAACGCUCAGCAUCCGAACGCCGGCUCAGUUGAAGUCUCUGCCUUGGAUUCAGGAACUUCUGGCCGUCGGAAAGAAGGCAAAUCAGAUCGAACUGGAAGUGGCGGCAGAUCGAGUUCUCAGCAUCAGCAAUCUGCCGCAGAGAACACGGCCUCUAACGCAGUUGGAUCAAGUUCCAACGCAACAGGAGGUGCAGGAACAUCAGCGGGUACAGGGCACACCGCCACCACUGGUGCCGUCACUACAGGCGGCGGUGAAGUGGGCACAGGUGGGGGCGGAAGUGGAGGCAGGAAUUCUUCAAAUCGUCAACAACUCCUUAGCUACCUGCUCUCGUUGAUGCGCACAGCCAAUAACGAUCACGGUGUGGUCGUUCCACCCGUUGAUGUCUACAGUUACAAGCACACCGCCUACCUCGUCGACUCCUUUCUUUACUUUUUUAAGGUCUUCGAAAGCACAUGGCCCUCGGGCCUGAUGCACCAUCUGAUCCACCUUAAUGAUUUCGACGCUAACGCGAAGGAACGUAUGGAGGUGGGAGAGGAGGGAGAAGAGGAACCGGGCCCAAAUGUACCCGUGGCAGCAGCCGGAUUAACAGGCGGACCCAGUGAUACCGAUAAUGUGGUGGGUCUUUUCCAAGGUCAUCCGUUGGCCCAGUGCUCUGACGCCUUCUUCCGCCGCUCCGCCAGCACUCUCUCCCUCGUUGGCGUGGGUGUUGACCCUGUUCUUGCUCCUGCCUCCGAGGCGAUGCCACUCGCUUUCACACCGCAACAGCUCCAUCCCAAUUCUCGACGCUCUGAACUCUUCGGUACUGUCAGAGGUCUCGAUUCUGACUUCCUUUCCUCCUCCGCCUGCCCCGAGGACAAAGUCAGCUGUCAUGAGAACGAGGCGGAUGUCAAGGCCCUGCACUAUAGUCGGAUCGGGAGGUCUUUCAAGGACUCGAAAAUGGGCACUCAAAUCGCUUGGGGUGGCGAGUUCCUUGACACAGCCUGCCACACGGGUUCUGUAUUGACACGCUGGUGUCGUAGCCUGGAGGCCUUCAGCCAGGCCUUUGCUGAGGACGUCGGCUCAGAGCAUCGCAGCUACAUGCUCGAACUGGCCCGCUUUCCCGAUAAGGAGGCACGCUUUCGCAAGGAGAUGGAGCGCCUUCGCAAUGCCACUAGACGUGAUCUCACUCUCGAGGUAGAACGCGAGCCAAAUGCCCUAAUCAUCUCCACAGUGCGUCAGUUGAACACGGAGUUCAGCCGUCGUCUCUCUCAGACCUCUACGAUCACCCAAAUGCUAAUCAUGCGUGACUCGUUCCCAUCCCGUUACUCGGACCUGCAUCUCCCCGAUGCUGCCGCUUCCCAACAACCCUCUCCAAACCUCUCUGCUGCCGCUUCACCAAUCCUCUCCUGCCGACGAUUAAAGGUCACUUUCAAGGAUGAACCGGGCGAGGGAUCCGGUGUGGCGAGGUCCUUCAUCACCGCCUUCUCUGAGGCCGUCCUUUCCAAUAUUGCUCUGCCCGAUCUCUCGCCACUCUUUGCCUCUGUCAACGGGGCUCACAGCGCUCCCUCCGCUUCGGAUCCAUUUCAACCGAGAUCAUCCUCCCUCUUGAUGGCGGCGACGUCGCGUCUGUUAACACGAUUGCGAUUACCCUACAGUUCACAAGUCACUUCGGCUCAGCAGCCUCCCCCCGCUACCUCCACCACUACCACGUCAGUGCUCACUCCCACGGUCUCCACCAGACUAAGACGCGGUGACCUGCAUGCGGUGGGCCCGGCAUCUCGUGCCCUCUUCCGAAAUCCGGUUACUUCUUCCAUCUCAAUUAAUCUCUCAUCCUCUUCUUCCGCUAAUACAACUGCCGCAUCGGCGCCCAACGCUUCAGUAGAGCGAGAAGAUGAGGAGAGGGAGAGAAUGGAAGAUAGGAACAUUGGUCCUGAGCUGGCUACCUCUCCUUCCACUUCAAGGGAAAGUGUGAAGACGUCCGGUGAAGUACCAACCACGACAGCAGAGACGGUUGGUAGCGGCGGUGGAGCGGUGGAGCGCGCACCCCUCUUCUGGCAGCCUGGCAUCACAGGCUUCUACUCGCCUCGUGGCAUUGGUUCAAACCUGCCGCCGGACUCACCUGAACUUCUUUGUCGUCUCUCCUUGUACCGUUGCGUCGGUCGAGUGAUUGGUCUGUGUCUACUCUUCAACGAGACUUGCCCAUUGCGCUUCAACCGUCAUGUCUUGAAGUACAUCCUUGGACGUCCACUGUGUUGGCACGACUUUGCUUUCUACAACACUACCGUCUAUGAGGGCCUGCGUCAGCUCCUGCUCUACACCACCACGGAACGGUCUGAAGGUGCUUCAGACUCGAUUCGAGAUUACAGUCUCACCUUCUCACUGAUAAUGGCUCCGGAAGAGGGUGGCAGUGCUGGUAGUGACGGUAGUUCGUCCACUCCCCAACAACAUCUCCUUGUUCCUGGCGGUGACGAAAUCGAGGUGGAUUCGGAGAAGAUAUACGAAUUUGUUAAACGGUAUACCGAAUUUAAAAUGGUCGAAGCCGUUAAGGAGCCUCUUGAGCAAAUACGGCUGGGCGUUUUCGACGUCCUCCCUGCAAAUGCCCUGGAUGGUCUGACUGCGGAAGACCUACGACUUCUACUGAAUGGCAUCUGGGAUGUUGACGUGGAUCUCUUGGCCAGUUACACAACCUUCCUGGACGAGUCCAAUUGCGGUGCUGCCGCUGCUGCUGCAGCUGCUGAAGGCGGGGUUCAAAGCGAGGGCGCUACUGAAACCACCACCACCGCCAGUGCUGCCAAUGAGCGUGUGGCUCGUCUCAAGCGCUGGUUCUGGCAUAUCGUUAGGAGUCUCGACUCUCGGCAGCGUCAGGAUUUGGCAAGUCUUUUUCUCUUCAUUCCGUACUGCCUACUGUACUUUUGGACAUCGUCACCGGCCCUGCCAGCGAGUGCACAGGGCUUCGCACCAAUGCCCACCAUCAUGAUCCGACCUGCGGACGACCAGCAUUUGCCUACGGCAAACACGUGCAUCUCGCGGCUCUACUUGCCACUCUAUUCCUCUAAGCAUAUUCUCCGCGAGAAACUCCUCCAGGCCAUUGAGACGCGCAGUUUCGGCUUCGUAUAA